CAAGCCACGGAUUCGAAUACAAUUUUUAUAGUGAAGCAUGCAAACGUGAAGACACGAUCCAAGUGUAAUCAGUACCUACGAACUGAUCCGGAAGACAAAAUGAAGAUAGCAUCGUUCGGCCGCUUACGUAGAAGCUAGACUAUCUACUUUUAUUUUGGUCAACCAACGUAGUCACUGCUAUCGUCAUCGAAAACGACAAUCGCUAUUUUGUACUUUCCGCCUUACAUAAUUCUUGCUUAUAAUAAAGUCCCUCGAACGAAUUUAAUAAACGGAUGCAAUGGCAAUUAAUAUAGCUAACGAAUCUGCUUGUAUAGUUUAAUGUACUUAACUAACACUCGCAAUCUUAUAUAAGUUAAUCUCUAAUUUAAACGUCUGACCCUCGGCAACUAAGUUCCUCAUUCUUUAUAAUUGCGUUAAAUGAUACCUUUAGAAAUAUCUUUUACUUUUUCGUUUUUUUUAUAGAUAUACAUAUGUGUGUAUGUAGAUUUUUCAUAACGAUUUUCUAUUUCAUGUUCCCCGUGAAAAGAUUUAUCGCGUUAUUUGAAAUAGUCACCAGAUGAAUAUGCAAUGUCACAUAUACCAGGUCACGAUGUGAAAUAUUUUCAGGGAACGAAUGUGUACUAUUCACGUCGUGUUACGAAGAAUCACCGAGCGAUACAUAGUUGUUUUGAAACUUACAAUUCAAAAUGCAGUUACAUCGUGAUCAGUCUAGAUUUCCUUUAGCUUCGGAAAACACUGAAUCGGUUGUGCAUGCGUCAGCGUAACUAUGAGUGACAUGAUGCAUAGAUGCCCGCGGUAUAAUGCACAGUAUACUUACAACGCGUGCUACAAUGACAAACCGCAAGUUCGUGUUUUUCGUUGUGAAUCGAGCACAUGUCGGUCAUCCGUGGACUUGCGUGCUGCAAAAUUACAACGAAGAAGACGGUGUCAAAGCGUGGGAGAGUACACGAACACCUGCCGCUUUGAUUGUUACAAAUGUUUAUUGAUAUGUGGACGAGGGUGACUGUAAGAAAUGUCAUGCUUAUGUUAGGAUCGCUGGAAUUUGAAUUUCAAUGUGAAUGAAAAAUUCAAGCAUGGAAAACUAAAAAAUAAAAGUUUUAAAUGUAUUUGAAAUAUAUGCUAGUAGUAAUAAUAAUAAUAAUAAUAAUAAUAAUAAUAAUAAUAAUAAUAAUAAUAAUCUAGUAGCUAACAAAAGACCAUCAUGGCUACUAUGAUACAUUAAUUAUAUGGAUUAUUGUUACGUCAAUGAUACGUUAAUUGUAUAGAUGUUAUUAUGAAUGUAUAAUAAAUAUAAUGAAUAUUUAUUAUUAAUUAUUAAUAAAUCAUUACAAGUCAUUGAAAUGACGACCAUUCGGUAAAAAUCCACUUGUAUGAGCAUAACAAGAUUUUAUUCGGUCAGAUGAUUCAGAUUUCCCCGAAAAAAUUAUUACAAUGAAUAUAAAUUAUUUCGAUUUUUUCUAUGCUAGUAGAAAUUCGUUAAUUAGAGGUACAUAGUUUACUUUUGUACGAUUAAAUCCACAUAACAACUCUAUUGAAUCGUAAAUAUUUUAACGAAUGUAAAAAUGGAAUCGUAGAGUGAAUUCAUGAUUCUAAAUUCGUAACAUACUCAUCGAACUAUCGUAUAAAAAUAGUUUCAUUCAUUCGUCGUGCUAUUAUAUCACAGACUUUUGCAUGUUGGCCAAAGUAUAUAUUUGGGAAACGUAAAGGAUAUUUAUUUUAAAUUGAUUCUAUAUAAUAUAUGACUAAAAUCUGAUACGAUUACUGGAUGAAUUGUUUCCGUCAAAUGAAAACAUUAGUAAGCUAUCAAAGAUGUAUGAAUAUAACUGAAAUUGUAUUUAAACCAUUGUAUACUUCCAAUUGGUUUCAAAAUCAAGAAGAUAUUCCUAAACCGUUACGCAGUAUAAAACCAAAGUCAGAAAGGAAUACAAAAAAAAUGUUUCUCGAUAUGAAGCAAGUAAGAACUGUCGGAGGUAAAGGUGGCGAUGGAACCAUAUCGUUUUCUCAGUUGUGGGCUAAUGAAAAGGCUGGGCCUGAUGGUGGUGACGGUGGACAUGGCGGUCAUGUAAUAUUUCAGGCAACGCUACAUAUUAAAGAUCUUUCACAUAUACAUAGUGUUCUUAUGGCUGAAAACGGAGAGAAAGGAUAUAGUAAAGACUGUUUUGGUAAAAAUGCUAAGCAUACUAUAGUAAAUGUUCCUGUCGGCACUAUAAUACGAAAUGUAGACGGAAAAAUAGUGGGCGACUUGAUUAAGGAAGGAUCAAUGUUUAUUGCUGCACGGGGUGGUGCUGGGGGCCAUGGAAAUACAUAUUUUAAAUCUAAUAUGCAUCAAACACCAGUCGUAUGUGAAUAUGGUGCAGUUGGAGAAGAUAUACAAUAUGUAUUAGAAAUAAGAAGCAUGGCGCAUAUUGGAUUGAUUGGCCUUCCAAAUGCUGGUAAAAGUACUUUAUUAAGAGCUAUAUCUAGAGCUAGACCAAAAGUAGCAGCAUAUCCAUUUACUACCUUGAGACCUCAUUUAGGAAUAGUAUUAUAUGACGACUAUGAACAAAUUAUAGUGGCUGAUCUACCAGGACUUAUAUCUGAGUCUCAUAAAAAUAAAGGUCUUGGUAUACAAUUCCUUAAACACAUUGAACGUUGUAAAACAUUAUUAUUUAUUUUGGAUGCUUCAUCCGAUGAGCCUUGGGUAGAUUUUGAAACUUUAAAGUAUGAAAUUACACAGUUCAAUAUAAAGUUAAAUGAAAGAUCACUACUUAUUGCCGCGAAUAAGCUGGAUAUACCAAAAGCAAAGGAAAAUUUAGAAAUACUUACACAAAAAAUUAAUUUACCAAUUAUACCAAUUUCUGCUAAAAUGGGUACAAAUAUGUCUACUUUAUUAAAGGAGAUAAGAAUUUUAUAUGACAUACAGAAAGAAGAAAGUGAAGAGGAAAAUAUAUUGAAAGACUAAAAUUAUUCUAAUCAAUUAUAUUAUAUAUUUGUAAUAAAGUUUGUUAAUAGAAACAGUUAUAAAAAAAACAAUUAUUCAAGAUCAUUAAAUCUUAAAGUUUUACAGUUUUUUUACACAACUGAAAAUUUUUUAAUGUAGAAAGUAUUUCUGGCUGAUUUAAAAUGGUAAAGAACCACCUAUUUAAGUUUGGAUACUGUUUCCUUGAUAUUGAAUCAAAAAUAUAUUCAUAUAGAGGUACUAAAGCGGUGAACAUAGAAAUGUCUGCAAGGGUAAUUCUUUCUCCAACUAAGUAAGUUU